AUUUUUUUUUCAUCGUUCAGCGCCGAAUAAUUUUCAAUCGUUGUGUUCUUAGAGGAAGUCAAUCUCAUAUCGCAAAAGACUCUUUUCUUCCGGACCCAGCCAUGGCAGUCCCGGCAUCCUUACCGACCUUACUAGACUCAUUAUCAAACUCGUUAAACUCAGCGUUCGAGGCCACUCCUAAAAUAUCCGGCAUCGAACCAGCCAAAGACGGGGUAUCCCUCCUCGACGUCAAAAACGAGCUUCUACUCUCCUACCUACAAAACCUUGUCUUCCUAAUUUUACUUAAGAUCAGGAAUGCAAAAGAAACCGGCUCGGAGGAACUGGAAGAGCCGAGCGGAUCCGACCUCUCGGACACGGUUGUGAAAAAGUUGGUUGAAUUACGACUAUACCUUGAUAAGGGAGUCCGGCCCCUCGAGGAGAAAUUGCAAUUCCAGCUUGAUAAGAUAUUGCGUGCAGCUGAUGAUGCUGAGCGCGUUGCUGCUCAGGCGUUAGAAGAUGCUGAUUCAGAGUCAGAAUUAGAGUCAGAUGAAGGAAAUGGUGAUGAAGAUGCUUCUGAAAACGAGGCCCCUGUCCGACCUACAAUAGGUCUCUCAGCCAAGCAGUUUGGUCCCAGCUUCAACAACUUUGCGCCGCCUUCAAACCCCGUAGGAAUGGCCGCCAUUACAGCGACGGAAGACAAGACAGGCGCAUACCGCCCACCCAAGAUCACCCCUACCGUCAUGCCCACAGCCGAGCGGAGGGAAUGGCGUGAACGCAGACCCAUGAAGUCUGCCGUUGUCGAUGAGUAUGUCGCGAACGAGCUAUCGCAUAUACCAAUCGCAGAACCGAGCAUUGGAACGACGAUCGUGUCCGGCGGCAGAAAGAUGAAGACCGCCUCUGAGCGCCAGGAAGAGAAUCUCAAGCGUGAAUAUGAAGAGUCAAACUACGUGCGUUUGCCGAAGGAGAGCAAGAAAGACCGCGCCAGACGCAACAAGACUGAGGGACGCAGCGCAAAGAUGAACUUUGGUGGUGAAGACUGGCGGGAUCUUGGCGAGGGCGUGGACCGAAUCGAGAGAUUAACCAAGCGUAGAGAAGGCGGCAGUAGCACCAAGGCGCUACUCGAGAAGAGUCGUAAAAGAACCAGAGAGACGGUCGAUAGCGCCCGUGGAAGUGGUCAUGCCAUUGGGACUCGGGAGAUAGGCGAAAGGUUUAACAAACGUCUCAAGGUCAUGGAGGGUGGACGCAGAGACCGGGGCAAGCGUUAGGGAUAUACCUAAUGUCAACUAAAUAUCAUUGAAUCCGGACCUAUGGCUACCUAUCUAUAGGUAUGCUGGCUCCAAGAUUCAAAUAAAAAGUACUACAACAAAGGUUUCAAACUUAACUAUAACUAGCAUUUUAACAGCCACCGGGUUUCUUUUCUCCCAUAUAACUAUAGUUCAUUACGUAUCUUACACAGUCCAGCAACUUGCAACUACACUACGUUCUCAAAAAUGAUACAACGAGGAUUAAAACUCCUUUCCACCAUUGAACCACAACGGCAGGCCGCCAAAAAACAAUCGCGUACAGGUGGUCCCGUGCGAGCGUCGAAGCAAUUAU